AUGGCUUCAAACGCGAGCUUCACAUCGCCUCUGGCCAACGCGAUCCCUUCUGCGGGAGCUUUUGCGCCCCAGAUCGAAUCUGUUGUCGAUGCUGUCAUGAACACUGGCCUGCUCACCUGGGUCGUGUCUAUCAUCGCCCUGGCUGUCGCCUAUGAUCAGAUCAGCUAUCUUCUUCAAAAGGGUUCUAUCGCGGGACCUUCUUUCAAGGAACCUUUUAUUGGACCGUUCCUUGAGUCUCUAGAUCCUAAAUUCGAAGAAUAUCUGGCCAAAUGGCAGAGCGGCCCUCUCAGCUGUGUUUCGGUCUUCCACAAAUUCGUCGUUAUCGCUUCGACCCGAGACCUUGCUAGGAAAAUCUUCAAUGCUCCUCAAUAUGUAAAGCCCUGUGUCGUCGAUAUCGCUACCAAGAUUUUGGGAGAGGACAGCUGGGUCUUCAUGGAUGGAAAACAACAUGUCGACUACCGAAAAGGCCUGAACAACCUUUUCACCCGCAAGGCUCUCGAAUGCUACCUGCCGGGCCAGGAAUCCGAAUACAAGCGCUAUUUCGCUCGAUUCCUCAAGCUAACUAAGGAUGCUGGUGGCAAGCCCCUCCCUUUCAUGCACGAAUUCCGCGAGCUGAUGUGCGCCGUUUCCCUCCGUACUUUUGCUGGCUAUUACAUGGCCGACUCUGCCAUCAAGAAGGUUGCCGACGACUACUACCUUGUUACAGCUGCCCUCGAUCUCGUCAACUUCCCCAUCAUCAUUCCCUACACGCGUACGUGGUACGGACAACGUGCUGCUCGCGAGACUAUGGAGGAGUUUGCCAAGUGUGCUGCCAAGGCCAAGGUUCGUAUGGCCGCUGGAGGUGACAUUACUUGCAUCAUGGAUGCCUGGAUCAAGGAGAUGAUUGACUCAAAGAAAUGGCUCGAGGCCACUGAGAAGGGUCUUUCCACUGAAGGUCUCGUCAAGCCCUCUCCUAUCAUUCGCGAAUUUUCGGACAUGGAAAUUGCACGCACUAUUUUCACCUUCCUCUUCGCCUCCCAAGAUGCCACCAGCAGUGCUGCCACGAAUUUGUUCCAGGUUGUUGCGCAGCGACCCGAUGUUUUGGACCGAGUCCGCGAGGAGAACUACCGUGUCCGUAACGGUGAUGUUAAUGCACCUGUCUCGUUGGAUCAAUUAGAGUCGAUGACAUACACCCGUGCUGUCGUCCGUGAGCUUCUGCGCUGGCGUCCUCCUGUCAUCAUGGUUCCCUAUAAGGCUAAGAAGGCAUUCCCUAUCACCGAGGACUACACUGUUCCUAAGGGUGCCAUGAUUAUCCCUACAACGUAUAUGGCGCUGCGGGAUCCCGAAGUUUACGACAAGCCUGACGAAUUCGACCCUGAACGAUACUACUCAGGCGAUGCUGAAGAGAAGGGCAAGAAGAACUUCCUCGUUUUUGGCACGGGCCCUCACUACUGUUUGGGUCAGCACUAUGCUCAACUUAACUUGGCGCUCUUUUUGGGUAAAGCCUCGCUCCAACUAGACUGGAAGCACCAUGCUACGCCACUGUCCGAGGAGAUCAAGGUCUUUGCCUGCAUUUUCCCCAAGGAUGAUUGCCCCUUGACGUUCGAGGAGAGGAAAUGGUAA